UUAGGUGUCAAAAUUUUUUUUAUGAAAAUGAAACUGUGAGUAGAAAUGUGACUGUACAUUUAUUGACAUUUAGGUACAGAUAUAGUCACACGCAUAACCUUUUGUACCAUAAAUGCAGUAAUCAGAAUGUAGAGAAUAAAAAUAAAUAAUUUAAAAUCUAAAUAAAAUAUAAAAUGACGUAAACUCAGUGAUUUUAUGAAAGACAAUUUUUUAUAUACUUUUAAACAAAAUAUUGAUAUAAAUAAUAUAGAAGUUAAUUAUUCGUAAUGAUAGAAAUAAGUAGAGUAAACAUAGAACUUUAUCAUCCAGACAAUAAAAUAAAAAUAAAAAAAAAUAUUUAUCAAAAAUAGCAAUGAAUAUAUAUUUAUUUAUUGUCAUUUGAAUAAUUGCAAUUUUAUUUAUUUUAUUAACUGUUGAUUUUUUAAGUUAGGUGAAAAAUAAAAUAACCAGGAAUUGAUAUAAAAAUGGAUACUCCAAAACCAGGAAGAUUAAACUACACUCGUCAGAUGGAUGAGUCAGAUGGAACUCCGUUUGUUUACGAGCACCGGAUCAAACACCUAGACAAGCCGAGUGAAGACACUGUGUUAUUAACCGGAGAGUCUAAAGGGGGAUUGUCUCAUCCACGUGCUUUGUUAUUUUUAGGAUUGUGGUACAUAUUCAGUGGGUGUACUCUGUUUCUCAAUAAAUAUAUUUUGGCUUACAUGGAGGGAGAUCCGACUAUUUUAGGAGCCUUUCAGAUGAUAACAACAGCGGUGUGCGGCUUUAUCCAGAUGUACUUUCCCUGUGGGAUGUACAAAACAAGCCCACGACUUGUAAAGCCUCCUGGAUUUUACAGACACAUGAUUUUAGUCGGCUGUACCCGAUUCACGACCGUCGUCCUUGGUUUGAUAGCGCUUAAUUAUGUUGCUGUUAGCUUUACUGAAACUAUAAAGAGCUCAGCUCCUUUGUUUACUGUUUUAAUUAGUAGAUAUUUAUUAGGUGAACGCACAGGUCUUUAUGUUAAUUUAUCAUUGAUACCAGUUAUGGGUGGCCUAGCACUUUGCUCAGUUAAUGAAUUGAGCUUUGAUUUUAAGGGAUUUAUAGCAGCAAUGGCUACUAAUCUCACUGAAUGCUUGCAAAAUGUCUAUUCUAAAAUGUUAAUUAGCGGAGAUAAUUUUAAAUAUACCCCAGCAGAACUUCAAUUUUACACAAGCCUCGCAUCAAUUGUCGUACAAAUACCUGUAACACUAUUAUUCGUUGAUCUUAAUUCUAUACGGCAUUCCUUUAGUGCAAAACUUUUAUCCUCAUUUUUGUUGAACGGUAUAUUCUUCCAUUUUCAAAGUAUUACAGCCUAUGUACUGAUGGAUUAUAUUAGUCCAGUUACACACAGUGUUGCCAAUACAGCCAAACGAGCAUUUCUCAUCUGGCUAUCUGUGAUAUUAUUCGAUAACCCAGUCACAGGUCUAUCUGCUCUGGGUACUUGUACAGUAAUUGCCGGAGUCUUGUUGUACAACCGGGCCCAAGAGUACGACAGAGCUAAAAUAAACAAAUUACGCUUCAACUCUAAGAUAAAUUUACACUGAUCAUAUAAGUUUUUAAUUUUAAUUAUUAAAAUUUACUUAAUUACAACUAAGAAUUUAUUUUAUUUUAGGUGGAAUUUAAUAAAAAAAUUUUUAUCAUCA